AUAAUCAUGCCAGCUUUUGGAGUCCAGCUUGAAACUCACUACAGCAGUGGGAGAAUAAUCCACCGCUUCAUUCCCAUUGAAAAGAUUUUGAAACCUGUCCUGAAUGAAUGUGUGACCCCAGUCACUUGUUAUUGGAACUUGUCUCUGAUUGUACGUGAGGAAGAAGAACUUGUGUUAGUUUUCAAGGAACUUCACCCACCAGUGAAAAUGUUAAUCCCAAUCUGGAAGGCGUUAUGUGCUGCCACUGACAACCCGGUCACUCAAGUUCCAAGUAGAUAAAAUAAUCAAUGGUGUUGAACUGUUUCGAAUAAAGAGCUAUGAUGCACCACAAUCUACCUUCUCGGACAGUUCCUGGUCAAUGGUACCUGUACCUGAUAUAAUAUAACAUCAUUAUGAGAUUGGCGACUGUGCUAAAUUUUGUUCCCUCAACUGAGUGUUUUGUACAUGAUUGAAUUGAUAUACAUUUCAUAUUCUGCAAACGGAAGAUGGGAAAUUUUAAGAAAUUGAUUUUACCAAUCUAUUCAUUAGAAGAA